UUUAUUACCACAUGCACUGUGUGAUCCUGCAGAUGCCCUCAAGUGCAGCACUGAGUACUUUAAGGUACAUCUGAAGAACUCCGCAUUUGUAAAAGAGGGGGUUGUUUCAAUAAGCUCUGAAAUUCUCAUACAUUUGUUUUGAAAUGGAACAAUAAAUUCUAAAAGAAACUGUGUUUAGAAGUGYUUUUUUCAAGAAUGUGAUCUCAUUAAAGACACGUCAUGUUAUUGCUGGUGAAGAUGGUUAUUAACUAUGCGCCAUUCCGCAGCUUUGUCAUACAGUACAACCAGUGGACUUUGCUCACUGAUAAUAGUGAAUGAUACCAGAAGUUGGUUCAGAAGUCUCCAUUACUUUCAGUUCUGGAGUUCCUGCAACACAGUGUCCUCAAGGCAACGACAGGAAGAAGGGCACAAUGGAGAGCCUUCACCUACACGUCAUAGCCGUGCUCCUUUACUUCAUCCUUCCUGGAUCUGCGGAAACCGACUCACAUCGGAUCCCUUCUGAUACUUCUCAUCAUUCGGGCUGCCGGUGGGAAGGGAAUCUCAUAGUGAAUUGUUCCUUCGCUGGAAUAUCCGCUGUUCCCGAAGAUGUAGCACUAGCAGUGCUAACAGCUGAUCUAAGUCACAACAACAUCAGGACGCUGCUGCGCACAACGGGCGGAAAGCAGGAGUGGGUGGUGAAGCACCUGAACCUCAGCAACAACCUCAUUUCGGAGCUCUCCUUCGCCGUGGCUUUCAGGAAUCUGCCUUCCUUAGAAACUCUGAACCUCGACGGCAACGCGCUGAGCGCCCUCCCGCUGGGCCUCCCCGCGGCAGCGCCCGCGGAGCAGGGAGACGCCAGGCCGCUCCUGCCCUCCCUGAGAGCGCUGGCACUCCAGAGGAACAGCCUUGGCUCCGUUCCCCAGGGACUAGGGAUGUUGCAGUCUUUACAAACUGUCCACUUGGCAUCCAAUGACAUACUGCAAAUUGAUGCGAAUGACUUUCAAAACUGUUCACAACUGAGGAAUAUCUACUUACAAGACAACAAGAUAACUAAAAUUCACCCAGAAGCUUUCAAGGAUCUAAACAAUUUACAGGUUGUGGAUCUUCGUGGAAAUGCUCUGACAACACUCCCACCACAGAUAUUCAACAACUUGAACAUAUUUCAACUUGGAGUGGAUUCAACAAAUAAUCCCUGCACAUGCAACUGCAAUCUAAAUACUUUCAAAUAUUUAAUUCAUUUUCUUCUUGACUCAACGAGGAAAAGAUGGAGUAUUUCACACAAUAAAUCUGUCAACGUCUUAUGGAAGCUUCUGUCUCUUUCAAGUUUUAAUUUAAACUGCAAUGACAGUGUUUCAUUUAAAACAACUGUAAUCCCAACGGGAAAGACAUCUGUGCUAAACUGCCACUUGGAUAACACAAGGGGUAAUGGGGUCUUUUGGUGGACMCCUGUAGGCAGAAUUUCAAGAGAUGCUCCUCUUCCUCCCAUGACACUGGAGAAAGAGAGUAAUUUAGCAAUACACAAYGCUGACAGAACUGCUGAAGGACUUUAUACGUGUAUUUUUUUUAAUACAACAAGAAAGAAACUUCUCAUCUACGAUAUACAGGUAGAGGAAARGCUUUCAAGGUCUUUGGUUAGAAAAACCCGGGAUACUACCACUGUUUUUAGGCAAGGAACGACGAGGCAAGACCUUGUGCUGGCGACCUGCCUGUCGGUGCUGGUGACGUUUGUGGUGGCCUUUUGCCUGGGCGCCUUCGCCAGGCCCUACCUUGGGAAGCUGUGGAGCCGCAUGCGCGGAAGCGAGCGCUCAGCUUCCCAGCAUGUUUAUUCCAACGAAGCCUUCUCCAACGAAACUCUGGGCAGAGAGUGCACUGCAAGCAUCCCAACAAACACACGGAGCAAUCUGUUCAUCUGUGAUGAAGAUUCUCCAAAAAACACACGCUUUUUUCCUACACAAACCUCUAGCUUGCAUGAAAGUGUCAUUUAUAGUAACACAGGGGCACCCAAUACUGGGGAAGAGGACCAGAAGCCAUGCACUGAUGAGACCAAAGCAAAGCACAAAUCAGUGUUUGCCAACAGCAAAGCAGCUACCGCCAGGAACAACCAUUAUAUAAGUGUUAAUCCACAAUCUUCUGUUGAGAUGUACUAUGGAGACAGUCAUGAGAUAGCACCACGAAACCUGACACGCCAGGACAUUUCGUUACAUGAAGAUUCAAACUAUGCAAAUAGUGAAGCCUUGGAGAGGAGCAGCUUCCCUCCCACACCUGGCAGACGGAAUGCUGACUCGUACUCAGCUCACGUUGAGCCUUCACAUUCAGAUUUACCCUUCGCAAGAGAGACCGCCCUUCCAUUUCGUGGAAGGCAAACCCAUAUAAAUGCUCAAAACCCCAGGAACACAGAGAUAACCAACAAGUCUCAUCUGCAGUCUGAAAUUACAGAGGCUACGGUAGAUUCUCCCAAAUGGAAAGAGGUGAUCUCCGAUACCGAGUCCCGAAGCACUUCAGUAGUUCUACCCAAAACACAACUUGGUCUAAAUAACAGAAAGGAUAAAAUCAGUGAUGCAGGAGAUUUUAUUUUACCRAACAGUUGCCAGAGACAUAUAAAUCGUGAGGAUUUAAGUGCCUACCUUGCAAGUGACAAUUCUGAUCUAGAAUAUUACAAGCGAGGAGGUGCUACCAAACAGGAGGAUCUGGCAGACCUCUUUGGGGACAGUUCUUCAGACGAAGGGGUCCCAUUUACAAUGAGCGACUGUAGCUCUUUAUCAGAUGUUGAGCUGGGACAACCUCCAAGCAACACCCUCUCAGGCUGUCAGUCAUCGCUAGAAAAAGCCGAUGCAAACAACGAAACAGAGAGGUCCUCAGCAGCGGCCGAGCCUCCCAGCCCGGCUGCUGAACAUCAGCCCUUUGGGAAAGGCGAGAACACGGAUGAGGAUGAUUCCGACAUCACUGCCAGUUAUGGAUCAGACAGCAGCACGUCUCAAACAGAAUCGCCUUACACUGACAAGCACAGCGACCAUGAGUCUGAUUCGAACACAAUCAUUUUCUCUCACCAAAAAGCUCCUGGUAUGUUUAAGAGUUCUACCCAUCCAGAGUCACCAAUUCAAAACUUCAUUUCUGGUUCUACAAGCAAACACAGUACAAGUUCUAAUGAUACGUCAGCUUCCUCAAAACGCUCUCCCACGUCUGCCUCACACACAGAGGAUGCUCCUGCCAAAGAGGCCGACUUGUCACCGUCCCAGUUUUCCAUUCAAGCUCAGCACUUUCAGCGGUUCAGGCCCACGGAGCAGGAGGAAGAUGCAGCAGACAUCAGUGCUGAGAGCACAGAGCGGAGUUCCUCUGAAGAGGAUAAUAGCGAAGAGGAUAUUACGUUAAGAAGACACAUGAGGACACCCGAGAAGGUUCAUUUUACAUUUGCACCCGAUGACUUUGGUUCCGGUCAGGUUGUUAGAAAGUCUUCCAACACAGCCACCGAUGAAUCAACUCUUCAACCUCCGACUCAAAGCACAGGUGAAGGGCGCAUUAUGGUUAUUCCUGACAUAGAUGACUCCGUACCCCAGGGGAAGCAAGUGGAAGCACCUAAUGCACARACCAUGCAAAAAGACCUUACUAAAGGUGAACACGAGGAGCACACGGAAGUGCAGGAUGGCACCAGCUCUGACCUGCCUCCAGAAACGCAGUCCCACAACAUGACGGCAGCUUCGCAUCAUCCUGACUGCUCUGGCAAAGCGCAAUCCGUCUUCAGCACACACAAUUAUUCCCAGUGGGAUCAGAGUGAGGAAAAUGCAUAUUCCUCACCACUCCCACAAAGGUCUUUCAUUGCAAAUAUACAAUACAGUUCAUUGCCAUUCCCACAGACUAGAGGAAAGAGAGACUCCAGAAAGACCGAUUCCAGUGAUACAGAGGACGACACCACUUGGACAGCACCGGAAAACUAUCCUACAAUGGUUGUCAAUCUCCAAAAUCCUAGUGAAAACCUCGAUCAAAAAAAUAAGACCAAUUUAAGUCAGGGUCUGUUUUUUGUUAAGAAGAAAAGAGCCUUUGAUGGAUUUGUUAAUGUCUUGCGCAAAGCAGAUCAAACUUCAAUAAGUGAAGUUUAAAAAUGCAAAAACCUCCAGGACUCCCACAAUGAUAGUGUCAAAGAGCAGGAACAAAAAUGACUGGAUCUCAAAAUGAAGUUCUGUCGCUCCUGGUAA